AUGUCCACAGAAAAUAACAGCAGAGUGUCUGAAUUUAUCUUCUUGGGAUUUCCAGAUCAGCCAGAAUUGAAGAUUCCCAUUUUCAUAUUUUUCCUACUGAUUUAUCUUAUCACUGUGGCGGGCAACCUAGGAGUGAUUUUACUGAUCUGGAUAGACCCUCAGCUUCAUACCCCCAUGUACUUUUUCCUCAGUAAUUUGGCUUUCCUAGAUGUAUGCUAUUCUUCCAACAUCACCCCAAAAACUUUAGAAAAUUUCUUGUUGCAGAGAAAAACCAUUUCCUUUGUGGGAUGCUUUGUCCAAAUGUAUUCUUUUGUCGCUUUUGCAAGUGCAGAGUGCAUCCUUUUUGGGCUGAUGGCCAUUGAUCGCUAUGUGGCCAUUAACACGCCUUUGCUGUACUCAUCUAUUAUGUCUCACUCCCUGUGUGUCAAGAUGGUAAGUGGAGCAUUCACAGCUGGCUUCCUGAACUCAACAAUAAAUACUAUUUUGUUAGCUUCAUUGUCUUUCUGUGAGUCCAAUGAAAUUAACCAUUUCUUCUGUGAGAUCCCUUCACUCCUCAAGCUUUCAUGUUCAGACACCUCUGCAGCUGAAAAAUUAGCUUUCAGUUGUGCUGGAAUUGUUCUCUUGGCUCCCCUCCUGAUUAUACUAAGCUCUUACCUCUACAUCUUUUCCACAGUGCUGAAGAGCAAUGUGGUUACUGGACAACGAAAAGCUUUCUCUACAUGUAUUUCCCACCUGAUUGCUGUGACCAUAUUUUACGGAACUGGCCUGUUUGUCUAUUUGCAGUCCAGUUCAAACUAUUCAGAUGGUCAGCAUAAAAUUAUGUCUGUACUGUACGCAUUUGCCAUUCCAAUGCUCAACCCUUUUAUCUACAGCUUAAGAAACAAGGAGGUGAAGGACGCACUGAAGAGAGUAACAGAUAAGAUCAAGAUUUCACAUUGA